AUCAAAUAUCAUGACAUGUUUACCCGAAUUAGGGAAAUUAAAGAACUUUAAUAUGGAUUGGUGUUUGCAUGUAAAGGAAGUGUGAACGUGCUUUUUAAGACAUUUAAUAAUGAAAAUUUGAAAACCGGGCUUAAUGCAUAUGCAUCGCCCUUGAUUAGCCUUAGCAGUCCGUACUGGCUAAUCCGGGACGAAACCUUCUGCUGUUAUUGUAUUUUUCAAUUAAAAUAAGCCUUUUCCAAACGGAAAUCCGGUUUGGGCGGAAAGUGUCGCUCCAGAUUAGCUUGUGCGGAUUGCACAGGCUUAUCUAGGGCGCUUCUUUACGCCCCUGCAUUAAGCCCGGUUUUUAUAGAGACCGAAUCGAAUACUUUUUGCAUAGCGAUAGGUUGGGUUUAAAUGUAUUUAUUUCGAUAUUUAAAUGAUGGAGGUUUUUCAUUUCGAAUGACAAAAUUAUUCGACGUACAAUUAAAUGGAAAAUGUUCACGGACUAGCAGUUUAAGGUGUUUACGGUAGCGCAUCUGAAAGUAAUAUUUUUACUACAUCGUUGUUUAUCGGUCAAUAUUUAACGAUAGCUUAAACAGCUUCCAAUCAGAAUGCGAUCAAGUUGUUUACUCGCUGAUCAACACCGCUAAUGGGAAAUUAUUUUAUAUCCAACAAUAGAUAUAUGCGCCCACCAUGAAGAUUUCUUGUUAAAUUCUUGAAUGUCCAUAAAAGUACCAAGAAAAACGCUUAUUUCGAUUGUUUUAAGCCAAGUACUAUCGGAGGGAAGUAACUAUGUGAAUAAAAUAUAUAUUAAGAAAAGCUACAUUUCCCUAUUAAGGCCAAAUACCAAGAAAUGUUUGAGUACGUGCUGCCGUAGUUAGGAAACUUGAUAUAUUUAAUAAAACCCACACAUAUUUGUAUGCCGGAUUAAAUGGGUUAUAUAUCACGCUUUAGUGACGACUUUUAUUACACUCAAGAAUAUGAAUAAUAUUCCGGUUAUCGCGAGGAUAAUGCAGUCAUAAACUUCCUGAUUUGACCUUGCAGUGGUUAUCAUGUUGAUAGGAAACAAUUUUGUCAAAGUGACCAUAUCAGUUUUCCGGAUACUACGUGAUUAUAUGUGAGAAAUCUAUCGGAUGUUAUUGAAGAUUAAACGUGUGAGAUACAACUCAGUAGUUCGUUGAAGUUUAUUUAAAGGAACAAUACAUAUCUGUGUUACCAAAUCGGAGGGUGUUUAACUUUGACUUUAAAUGUAUAUACUGCACUAAAUAUUUGAAAUUAUUUCAAAGACAGUACAUAAACAUGAACCUAUUAUUCAAACACACAUACGAGCCGUCAUCUUGGGAAACGGGGUUUAAUGCAUGUCGUCCCAGAUUAGCCUGUGCAGGCCGCUAAAGCUAACCAGGGACGACACUUUGCACUAUUAAGGAAUUUUUCGAUUAAAUAAAGUCUUUUCUUUCCGAAAAUUAUGUUCAAGUGGAAAGUGGCGUCCCUAAUCAGCCUGGGCGGUAUCCACUUGCUAAUCUUGGACGACACUUUAAUCUCAUGCAUUAAGUCCUGUUUUGCCAAAGCGAAUUUCAGGUGAAAAAAAGUAUAUUUUUUGUAAUAAGAUGUAAGCAAGAUCGUCAUUUGCACAGAUUAAAACCAAAAAGAAAUACAGUGCUGAAAACAGAAAUAGUUUAGCUGCACCUCCGGUUGACAAUGCAGGGCACCCAACCGAACUGGCCCGUUUGGAUCGGGCUAAGCCUGGAGCAUUUCUCCACCGAGGCAAAACAACUGAUGAGCACUGUUAUGAACAGUAGACACACGGGCUCGGCCAAUGACGUCAUUAGAAUGAGAAAUAGCCGCCCUGGUGCCUCCCACACUCAGUCGGACACGCCCCCCUCCAGCCCCGUACAGACGGACGCACGAGCAUCGCGGGCCUGCUGUUUUUGUUGGUGCUGUUGUUGUACUUGUUCAUGUUUAACAGUACGAAACGGCACGGGCAGACCAGACCGUGCUGGGACAAAAUCUGCAGAACCUGUGAACGAAGAACCUCUUACUAUAGAAGAAAUCCGAGGCUGGGCAGAAUCAUUCGACAAACUCAUGAAAAAAUCAAGUAAGUGUCCGUGAUUCGAUAAACCAGGAGAGUCGUAUGUAUAAAUGUUGUAUAUACACGUAUUGUUUUGAAUGUAUACCCAAUUGUUUGUAUUUAAUAAUAACUUUGUUUUUAAACUCAACAAUGCACAGUAUAAUGAUAUGUAAAUUGUGCAUUUUGCCUGUAAA